GCUGCGAGGGGCUUCCAGUGGGUAGUGGUGCUGGGGAGGGGUUUAAGGGACUGUGUGUGGCUGGGGGGCCUCCCACUCACUGCUGUGCUCCCAGCUCUGUUGCCCUAUGUGCCCCGCUUGGCCCCUGAUGCCAUGCCAGGGAAGGUGACGGCCACCACCUUUGUGCUGGAGAGACCCCGCUGCAUCUUCGACCCCCUUGCCAAUGCCUCUGAUGCCGUCUGGCUGGCAGUGGCUUUUGCUGAUGGUGAGGGUGUGUUGCAGUGGGGGGCAUCGGGGGUGUUCACCCCCAGCUGCUCACCCCACAUCUGUGCCACGCAGCCUACACCGCCUUCAAAAACCCCACAUCCAGAGCUGAGGUGCCCCCAUAUAAGGGGCUGCCCACCGCCCAGGUGUGCAUCCUGCAGGGUGAAGUUCCUGCUGAUGGGCUGCAGUGGCCCCAAAGCAGAGACGAAGUGGUCUGACCCCAUCCUCCUGCGGAGAGCUCGCAGCCUGAGCACCAUUGACCCCACACCAGCACGUCGCAGCAGCACCGCGGUCAUCAUCGCCGCCAUCCUGGCCAGCCUGGGUGCCGCGCUGGCCAUGGCCAUGCUGGGAGCUGUGGGGUACGAGUGGGGCACGGGGAUUUUAAGACUUUUUUUUUCUUAAAUUGGGAGGGUUGCUGUAUUUUGGUGAUGGGAUGGGGUGGUUUCUGUGGUGUUUGAGCUGCAUGGACCCUGCUUGAUCCCUCACCCAUCUCUCCUUACAGCACCCAUGUGUGUGUCCCGCUGUGCUGCCAGGACCCAGGUGCCCACCUGCCCUACAGGACCCACCACGUCCCUCCAGCCCUGCCCCACAUGCUGCCCCCUGCCUGCAUCUGUGGCUGCACGCCGCAGCCCCGUGGCCCGUGGCCCACCAAGUAAACUCAUUUCCAUCCUUAAUCGCUUCUUUUGUUGUCUUUCAACCCAACCACCAGGACAUGGCCUGGAUGUGCUGGGUGCGCCAUCCCUACAGACCCCCAGGGUCAGCCUGGAGGGGCUCUGAGUGCAGAUGGAGCUGUGGGUGUCCCCGUGCAUUGCAGGCAGUGGGACCAGCCUAACUCAAACCGUGGCUCUGUGAUUGUUCUAUGAUCUUGGGGCACACGGCUCAUACAAUGCUGGAUGCUUUGUUCACCAUGGGAUGGGG